AUGCCUAUUGUGAUGAAUAGAGAUACUGGUAAUAAAGUUGAAAAGAAGAAGAGGAAGAAAAAGAUUAAAUCAUGUUUGUUUUGUAGGAAGAGAAAACUACGUUGUGGUCAAGAAAAACCAAUGUGUUCUACUUGUCAAACUCGAGGGUUUGCUACCUGUGAGUAUUUAGUUGCAGAUAGUCCAGAUUCCUCAAAAGCUGGAACUUCUCCGGGAAGCAAUAAAAGUCCAUCCAGUGUACAAUCAUCAAAUACAAAAUAUAAUGGUAUUCAGGAUAGUAUCAUUUCCGAUAAUAGCCCUGCAUCUAUUCAAACUAAUAGUUUAGAAGAAGGAGAUUUGAAACAGGUUAAAAAGGAUAGCUCUGUUGUUAGAAAUAGAGUAAAAUUGUCUACCUACAGAAAUAAUGCUAAAGCGAAUGGCGAAGCUAUAGAGGAACAAAACCCGUUGAGUACUUUAUCCUAUGUCCAGAUUAAAAAGGAUGCAAGGUGUCUAAAAUGUGGUCCAACUUCUGUUAAAACUUUUAUUUACAAGGCUAAUUGGAAUAAUAUGCAGGGAUAUUAUGAAAAGUUAUGGAGCAAAGUUCAAGAGGCAAGACGUAAAUGGAAAAAAAUUCAUGAUUUUACAAUGUUAAAAGAAUUGAAGUUGGUUGAAAGACCACUAGAAUACGACACAGUGUAUUUAUUGGAAGCAGUAUGUCAUGACUUACCACCUUAUGAUGUGAUUAUAGAAUGUAUCGAUAGAUUUUUCCAAAUGUCAGAUAUUUACCCUUACAAUAAUGUUCUUGAUAAGAACAAAAUUAUGUCUGAUUUUUAUAGGGAAUUUAGUCCUGGUAUUCAAACUUCAAAAGAUGAAAUACGACGUGUCCAGUCAUUAUCUCUAAACAGAGUAUUCAAUGUCUAUAAGAUUGGUGUCAUCGUAAUGAUCUUAUGUUUAACACAUUAUUAUGAAAGUGUUCCAAUGUCCAUUGAUAUAUUCAUAACGUAUUUAUCCGGAUUAUCCACUUCAAAGGUUUUCUUUGUAGAAAGAGUGCAGUUCUUCUUAUUCAGAUUUUUCUAUGUCCCAAUGUAUCGUUCAUGCGGUGGUGAUUAUUCCCAUUGUGUAAACUUAUCUUCCGCAUUAUGUACAUCAGCAUUGUGUAUUGGUUUAAACGAUGACAUUGAUGUAACGUUCAAGGGAAGGGAAAAUGAGGUAGGAAGGCUGGAUACAUUGAAAGCACUAUGGUUAUGGGUUAUGUAUGCAGACUUUGUUGUAGCCUCCCAUUUAGGCAAAGAUUUAAUGGUGCCAUUAAAUUCAUUCGAUGACAUCGAUUUCUUAGACUUAUAUGAAAGCGAAGGCAAUUCGAAAACUUUAUUAGGAUGUUUAAUUAGAUUUCUAAGGUUAACAAGGCCUAUGAUGCAUGAAGUCAUGAGUAGAAGAGGGAAGCCUGACCUAAUUGAAUAUACAUCCCAACUAAUUAAUUUUAUUGAAACAGAAUUUCCACCUUUAGAGUACUACACAGACGCUCAGAUGAUAGAUAAAGUUCCACUUGAUACAUUAUCAUUUAUCUCACUCUGCAUAUUUUUAAUAGUAACAUUUUCAGGACUGAGAUGUCUUGCAUUAGGUGAGCAAUCACUAAAUUUGAAAAAUCAAACUAUCAAAACUUGUUUAACAGCAUUUUCAUUAGGAACAAAUAUUGCAAAUAGGGCUUACCAAUUAGAUAAGGAGAAAUUUCCAGAGGUAGUAUACACGGAUUGUAACAAUUUCCCACCUCAUUUAGCCUACUGUAUUGGAAGUUGUGGCACGUCGUUAGGAAGGUCAUUGUCUCUAUUUUUCACUCUUUGUUAUCAAAAAAUGACAUUAUUCUCUUCAGGAUUUAUAUUUUGUCAACAAGAUAUGGAAAGUGAAAUUGAUUUGACCACUUUACAAGGUCCUGAUGAUAAAUCUUUAUCAUUCAUAGCAUCAUUUGAUGCAUUUUCAAGGAUUUUUCAAACUUGGGCUAAACCAGUGGAUGAAAAUUUUAAAUCUGUACUUUACAGAUCCAAUACUUUAAUCAUUAUGACUACUUUGGAGAGACUUUGUAGUAUGAUUUUGGUAAAAGUUAAAGAGUGCAGAACUAAGACAGAAAAUGAUUGGAUAACGCAUAAUCAAAAUAAUAUACUUGAUGUUUUAAUGAAUGAGAAUGACGAACCAAAUCCUAGAAUCCCUGAACCAACUAAUGAAAAUCUAAUUGAAUCAUUCACACAAUAUGGUAAACUAGAAGAUUUUGCAAAUUCUCUUUCUGAUGAAUUUUGGGAAAAUUAUUUUUCACAUUGGGAAGAAUAUCUAAAUGGAAAUACCAUUGAUGAACUAUUUGAGGAUAUAUCACACGUCCCAUGA